UUCAAAACAGAGCCGCCCCUCACAAUUCACCUUUCCUCUUCAUAUCCGCUGGUCCUAUCGCUGCCCCUCGAGAAGGAAUUGAAGACGUCGUCUUGGCGACACGGCGACUGACGGGGACAGAUACACGAAGCAUAUUUGCUCGUCGAUCAUUUCAGGGAAUUUGAAGUUGCUCUAGUGAGCGAGCCCGUCGCCUAUUCUGUUAAACUAUCUGCUGGUCUCUGCUCUGCGUUCUGCUCGAGAAUCUUCGCACUGCGUGCGUGUUUUUUAAAAAUAUGGGCGCCAGUGCGCUAGAUGAAGAGGCACAGGCCAAGAUUUUACGACAGGUCGAGUUUUAUUUCAGUGAUAGCAAUCUUCCCGGGGACAAGUUUUUACUGAAGUGUAUUGAAGAAGCCGAAGAUGGAUUGAUCAGCUUGCCUCUGAUUUGUUCCUUCUCGCGUAUGAGAAGUCACCUCGGUUUGAAAGAACAUGGAGCGGAUACUGUACCUGCUGAAAUUACGUCUGCAGUCGCGGACGUUCUGCGAAAGUCCUCUACUCUUCGGUUGUCUGAGGAUGGUGCGAAAGUCGGACGCGUUGAGAAGCUGAAAGCUCCAACGGAGGUUCAAGCUGAAGUAGACGCCCGGAGCCUCGCAAUCAAUCCGUUUCCGUGGAAUGUUACCCUCGAUGAGGUGGAGCUGUUCUUCAAAGAUCACUGCAAGGUGAACAGCGUGCGAUUGCCUAGGCUAGCCGGAGCGAAGAGUUUUUCUGGCUAUGCGGUUGUCGAGUUUGCUUCUGAGGAGGAAGCCGAACGAGUGAAGGGUCUCAAACUCUCGUUUCAGGGCGCCGAGCUGGAAAGUAUUUCCAAGAAAGCAUUUGAAGAAUUGCAAGAAAUUAAUGCCCAGAAAGCUAAGCAGAGCAAUGGGAAAGGCAGACACGAUACUGGAAGGGUUGAUGAGGAUGACGAUGAUUACCCGAAAGGAACCGUCGUAUCACUCACGCUUACAAAGUUGGUGAAAGCCGGAGAAGAGAGUACAGAUGAUGCCAAAGUUGAGACAAAUAAGGAGGCUGGUGAAGAAGAAACCAAAGACGCUGCCGUUGACACAGAAAUGCAAGUUUCACGUGAAGACAUCAAAGAAACCUUGAAGAAUUACGGCAAAAUCAAUUUUGUAGAUUUCUCUCGUGGAGAUAAAGCUGGGUUCGUACGUUUCGACCUGCCGGAGGAAUCGCAGAAAGCAAGAGCCGCCGCUGUGUUGGCUUCAGACGGAGGUUUCGUGAUUAAGGAGCACCUCGUCGUGUUGAAUGCUGUCGAAGGUGAGGCAGAGAAGGACUACUGGAAGAAGCUGCGAGAAGGUCAGGGAAAGAGACGGGAGGGAGGUGGCAGAGGGGGCUUCGGUGACAGAGGCGGAAGAGGAGGGAGGGGUGGAAAGUUCGGUAGGGGAAGAGGUGGAGGAAGACGCGAUGGUAGGCGCGAUAGGGACGAGCGUGGUGAGGGCAGGGGUAGUAAGCACAAGCGCUUUGAGGAAAACGAGGAGGGAGGCGAGAGGAAAGCUGCAAGAACAGAUUGAUGUAUAAUUUCACGCAGGCCAAUUUUUGUUAGUACUAGUAGGUAUUUCAUAGAUAGGAAGAAUCGAAUUUAGUCAAGUAAACCCGAGUGGGUUGCUCAUGUAGAGCCUGUCAAAAAGGCCCAAGCUUGCUGGCUGUGAAAUUCGUAUGGAGGAAAUGUUAAUCAAUCGUCCCCAUUGUCCAUACUUGACGGACGAUUCGCGUGCAUGAGUAUAUAUCAUGGUAAUAGACGAGGUUAAAGUGGGUCAACGACCGGAUUAUCCUUAUCUACCCUCGGAAUAUACCUUUGACUCGGCGGAGAGAAGCAUGUACUAUAUCUCAAUUUGGCCAAAUUUGGUUCCUGGGUUCCAAUACUGCCACGAAUAAGUCAUCUUUCUGGCUGUGUCAGCCAUAUGCCAUUUGUUCAGCAGUGGGUAUUACAUCGUGUGUGAGCAAGUUAUUUCUUGUGCCUGUCCA